CCGGGUCAAGUCCACUGAGCAGAGUAUUGGCAAGAAUUUCUCGCGGUACCGAGAAAGGUUGGAUUUUUAUCCCCCGGAAUUCCCUUGAUUUCGCUUCUGUUUUGCUUGAUUUUGGUUUGAAUUCUCCAUCACUGAAUCGAAAAAGAUGGGGGCAUUCACUGGUGCCGCUUGUUUUCGCACCUUCUCUCUCCUUCCCUCGCUCCGCCUUUCUCUCCCAUUACCCGCUCUCGUUUAUCGCCUUCGAGAUCAUACCUGGCUUUGAUUUCCUUUUCUUUUUUUUUUUUCACACAAUCUUGGAUUUUGUGCCUCUUUUUUUAUUUACGGGGCUUUAGAUGAUAGAAAGUGAUUGAACAUCAGGAGGAAUUGGUUUGUGAUUGGUUAUGGAGCAUAGAAUUGAUUCAAUUUGGCUUUGAAGGGUUCAUGCUAGACCCGGAGGUUCGUUUUUCGCUGUUGAUGUUAUACAAGGAUAUAUUUAAAUGAUUGUGGUUCUUCGACAGUGUUUUCUGGUUUCAGAAUCAAACCUUUAAUCUGGAUUUGUUUUGCUGGUUGAGAAUAGUGCAUGUGGAUGUUCAAAAUUGAAGUUUUCCGGCAUUUCCUGCGAGUAUGGUGACAUUGUCAUUCUGCAGGGAUGUUAUUAGUAUUGAAUUUGAUUUUGUUUGGUUUGGAAGCUAGUGGUUGAUGGAAUCUGGAUUUGUGCUUUGUUGCAUAGAAUUUAGUUUAAGAUGAUGAUAAGUAGUGCAAUGAAUUCGAAAGUUUUGGUUUGAUUAUGAGUGGGAUUGGGAGGUUGCACUAUUGAUGGAUUGUUCUGAGAAGGCACUCUCAGACUUCUUUGGGAUCCUAAGAUCAUGGAUCCCGAAGAGGUCUGAGCCAGAAAAUUUAUCUAGGGAUUUUUGGAUGCCUGAUCACAGCUGCAGGGUUUGUUAUGAAUGUGAUUCUCAGUUCACUGUAUUCAACCGAAGGCAUCAUUGUCGUCUUUGUGGUCGUGUUUUCUGUGCAAAAUGUACUCAAAAUUCUGUUCCCAUUUUAUUUGAUGACCCAAAGAAUGCCCAAGAGAGUGGGGGACGUGUCCGGGUGUGCAAUUUCUGCUUCAUGCAAUGGGAGCAGGAUAAAACAACAGCUGACAACAGGAAUCAGGCUUCCUCCAUGAGUAUCAGCCCCCCACUUUCAUUCACAAGUUUUGUGAGCACCAAGUCCGAUGGCACAAUUUACAGCAGUUUUAGAACUGGUUGCUCUUCAUCACAAUCAACUGGACAGUAUCCGCAUGUUCCUCAUAGUUCUAGUUUGACUCCUAGUCAGUCUGUGCCAAUGGAACCCUGUUGUAAUAAACUGGACAUUCUUGGAGCAGAGAAGGACAGUAAUUCUGCUUUGCAAGCUGGUGAUCCACCUCCUAAUUUGUACGGGAUGAACACAAACAGGAAUGAUGAUGAAAAUCAUGUUGGAAAUUACACAGAAACACAGUCUUUUCAGCAUUCUGAUGAUUACUAUCUUGAAACCGAGUUCAACAGUGUUGACCAAAGCUACCAUUUUCCUGAAGAGUGUCCUACUGAAGAAAUUAAUAGUGCCAUGGAAAACUUCUCUCCAUUGCAUGAUACUAAAGAUUAUUAUGCGUCUCUAGGGGUCCAUAAGAUGACUGAAAAUAGUGGACCAGAUGGUGCCUAUGAUCAUGAGGUGCCUUCCUCAGUGUAUGGUAUGGCAAAUCUAGAUGCGGAGUCUCUGGAUUUUGAGAGCAAUGGACUGCUUUGGUUUCCCCCUGGUCCUGAAGAUGAAGAAGAUGAUAGAGAAGAUAAUUUAUUUGAUGAUGACGAUGAUGAUGAUGCUUCAGGUCAGUGGGGAUAUUUUUGCAAUUCCAACUUUGGAAGUGAACGCCAUACAAGAGAGCGUAUGGAUGAAGGACAUCAAAAUGCGGUGAAAAAUGUUGUUGGUGGACAUUUCCGGACUUUGAUAGCUCAAUUUCUUCAGGCUGAAAGUCUUUCCAUUGAUGAAGAAGACAAAGAAGGGAGCUGGUUGGACAUAAUUUCAUCCCUAUCAUGGGAAGCAGCAACCUUCCUUAAGCCUGACACUAGCAAAGGAGGAGGAAUGGAUCCUGGUGGAUAUGUGAAGGUUAAAUGCAUAGCUUGUGGAACUCGCAAUGAAAGCAUGGUAAUAAAGGGUGUUGUUUGUAAGAAAAAAAUGGCAAAUCGCCGCAUGGCAUCUAAAGUGGAAAAUCCUCGGGUAUUAAUCCUUGGAGGAGCUCUUGAAUAUGAGCGAGUUUCACAUUUGCUAUCAAGUUUUGAUACCUUGUUGCAGCAGGAAAUGGAUUAUUUGAAGAUGGCUGUUGCAAAGAUCGAUGCUCAGCACCCUGAUGUCCUCUUAGUAGAAAAAUCAGUUUCUCACUUUGCCCGAGAUUAUAUUCUUGAGAAAAAUAUUUCACUUGUUCUAAAUAUCAAAAGGCCAGUCCUUGAGCGUAUAGCUCGCUGCACUGGUGCUCAAAUAGUCCCUUCUAUUGAUUAUCUGUCACCGCAAAAUCUUGGAAGUUGUGAAUUAUUUUACGUGGAGAAAUGUUUCGAGGAACACGGUACCGCUGGCCUGGGAGGCAAGAAAAUGACUAAGAACCUAAUUUUUUUUCAAGGUUGCCCAAAGCCUUUAGGUUGUACUGUUUUGCUCAAGGGUGCUAGUGGUGAUGACCUGAAGAAACUAAAGCAUGUUAUGCAGUAUGGAAUUUUUGCAGCCUAUCAUCUGGCCAUGGAAACAUCUUUUCUUGCAGAUGAAGGUGCUGCAAUUUCCUCAACAUCUCCAAUUACUGUUGCAUUGCUGGACAAACCCUCCAGCAUAAACAGAUCGAUUUCAACUGUACCUGGCUUCAUGGUCUCUCCUACUGGUGGAUCGCAAUGUAGCAUGGAUACUCAAGUGCUUAGUAUGCCAGUUCCAACUGUAACGUCAGAUCCUGAAAAUGUGAAGGUAAAUGGUGAUUGUGAAUCUGCUGUGAAAUCGGAAAGCAAGACCCUCUUUCCUUCUUAUACUUCAAUAUCAGUUUCAGAUUCUUAUCAUGCAUCAUCGAAACCAAUAAAUGAAGAUGGUUUUGUCGAAAAUAAUGAGUUGGAGAAGUUAAGAAGUGAUGUUCAAGCAAGUAAGGAUGUUUUUCUUGCUCCCAUCAACUAUCCUGAUGACUUGCAUACCUUUAACAAAGACAACAUGAUGACAAAUGAAUUCACGCGUCAAGACUACAAUGGUAAGAAUGAGUUCAGCUUAUCAAAGGAGGAGUUCUCCCCUCCUCCUUCAGAUCAUCGGAGCAUUCUAGUUUCCCUCUUGACCAGAUGUGUGUGGAAAGGGACUGUUUGUGAGUGCCCGCAUCUUUUCCGCAUCAAAUACUAUGGAAGCUUUGACAAACCCCUGGGAAGAUUUCUGCGAGACAAUCUAUUUGAUCAGAGUUAUCGGUGUUGUUCCUGUGAUAUGCCAUCAGAAGCUCAUGUUCAUUGUUAUACUCACCGGCAAGGCAAUCUUACAAUAUCUGUCAGGAAGCUCCCUGAGUUUCUUCUGGCUGGGGAAGAGGAUGGGAAGAUAUGGAUGUGGCACAGGUGCCUUUGCUGCCCUCGGAUUAAUGGAUUGCCUCCGGCAACUCAAAGAGUUGUGAUGUCAGAUGCAGCUUGGGGCUUAUCUUUCGGUAAAUUUUUGGAACUUAGCUUCUCAAAUCAUGCUGCUGCAAGUAGGGUAGCUAGUUGCGGCCAUUCUGUUCACAAAGAGUGUCUUCGGUUUUAUGGGUUUGGGAAUAUGGUUGCUUGCUUCCGUUAUUCUUCGAUCAAUGUUCACUCAGUGUAUCUUCCUCCUCCAAUGCUCAAGUUUAAUUAUCAAGUUCAGGAAUGGGUACAAAAAGAAGCAAUUGAGGUUGCUGAGUGGGCGAAGCUUCUAUUCAGUGAUGUAAUGAAAGCACUAUCCCAGAUUGUGGAGAUGAAAAAUGCAGGGGGGUCCCUUGACAAAAAUCCGAGAUUUCUGGUGUCACCAAGACACAUUGUUGAACUUGAACAGCUGCUGCAAAAGGAGAUAAUGGAAUUUGAGGAAGCAAUAACGAAGUUAUCAAAGAAUGGAGUGAAGGAAGGACAGCCAGCUCUGGAUAUUCUUGUGGUUAAUAAAUUAAGGAGACAGUUGCUAUUCCAGUCAUAUCUAUGGGAUCAACGCUUAACAUAUGCUUCAAAUGGUCCCUGUGAAGUGCCUUGUGAUUUAGUGACAACAGAUAAGGAGAAGCUCUGUUCCACCAACUCAGCAGAUUGUAAUGCAACCCCUCAAGGAGGCAGCACUAAUUCAGAUGCCAAUACCAAUGAAUUCCUCAAUGGUAGUACACAUCUGGUUGAUUGUCAAGAGAGCCUCAAUAACCACCUUGGCAAUCCUAAGACAGAUCAGCAGCAAAGAGGCAAUGAGUUUGAUUCUUCCCAGGCUAACCAAAAUAAAAACAAUCUCAUGACAAUAGCAAGUGGAAUAGAUCAAUUGGACCUAUUGGAACCUGAUAUUAUUGUCCGCAGAACCCUCUCUGAUGGUCAAUUUCCAAUUUCUGCAAAUUUAUCAGAUGCUUUAGAUGCAAAGUGGACUGGCGAAAGUGGCCUACCACAUGCUAAUGCUGUCAUGUUGGAAUCUUCAGUUCUUGUAGAAGAUGGGGUUCCAGUGUCAGUUUUUGAGGAUUCAGAAGAAAGAAGUAGAGGUCAUUUGGCCCAACCAUUUGCUCAUGCAUUGCCUACCAAAUGGGGGGACAGUGCAGAGGAUUUUCUAAGCUGGAUUGGAACUCCUUUCCUGAAUAUCUAUCGUUCUCUCAACAACAACUGGGAUAGUGCUCCAAGGUUUGAUGCGCUUAGUGAGUAUAAACCAAAUUAUGUUUCUUUCUUCCGAGAGAUAGAACAUCAAAAUGGUGGGAGGCUGCUUCUUCCUGUUGGAAUCAAUGACACUGUCAUCCCAAUCCAUGAUGAUGAACCAACCAGUAUCAUUACAUAUGCACUUGUCUCAACUGGCUAUCAUUUUCAGAUGUUAGAUGAUCAAGAAAGGAUAAAAGAUGGUGGGGACCCCUCACUCUCAGUGCAUCUCUAUGAUUCUGUGACUUUUCACCAAUUUCAUUCGGUUGAUGAUUCAUCUUCUGAACAUCUCUCAAGUGCUGGUCCGAUGCCUGAUGAUGAUAUUUCAUCUUUAUCUGGAAGUAGAAGUUCUCAAGUUUCUGAUCCACCAAAUCAUGCAGAGAAAGCGCAUAUUAGAGUUUCCUUUGCACACAAAGGAGCAAUAGGAAAAGUAAAAUAUACCGUCACAUGUUAUUUUGCUAAAAGAUUUGAUGCAUUAAGGAAAGAAUGCUGUCCGUCUGAGCUUGAUUUCGUUAGAUCUCUCAGUCGUUGUAAGAAAUGGGGAGCACAAGGUGGCAAGAGCAAUGUAUUUUUUGCAAAAUCAUUGGAUGAUAGGUUUAUAAUUAAGCAGGUUACUAAAACAGAGCUCGAGUCAUUUAUAAAGUUUGGCCCUGAGUAUUUCAAAUAUCUAUCAGAGUCAAUAGACAUGAAAAGCCCGACUUGCUUGGCAAAAAUUCUUGGGAUAUAUCAGGUGAUUUCUAAACACUUGAAGAGUGGCAAGGAAUCAAGGAUGGAUCUGCUGGUGAUGGAAAACCUUCUUUUCGGAAGGAAAGUAAUGAGACUGUAUGACUUGAAGGGAUCUUCGAGAUCCCGUUAUAACCCAGAUUCAAAUGGUGAGAACAGAGUGCUUCUAGAUCAGAACUUGAUUGAGGCAAUGCCAACAUCACCAAUAUUUGUGGGAAACAAGGCAAAACGUCUGUUGGAGAGAGCUGUUUGGAAUGAUACGUCUUUUCUUGCUUCCAUAGGUGUCAUGGACUACUCUUUACUGGUAGGAGUGGAUGAGGAGAAUCAUGAACUAGUUCUAGGAAUCAUCGACUUCAUGAGAAAGUACACAUGGGACAAACAUCUGGAAACAUGGGUGAAAACUUCGGGCAUCUUGGGUGGACCGAAGAAUGCGUUGCCUACUGUUAUUUCACCUAAGCAAUACAAGAAACGUUUUAGGAAGGCCAUGUCGACAUAUUUUCUCAUGGUUCCUGAUCAGUGGUCACCACCGUCCCCUAUACUUGACAAAUCAGAACCUCGCCUCAGCGAAGAUGAUCUGCAGGAUGCUUCUGUCUCCCUUAGACCAUAAAACCAUCUCCUCGACAGUUCAAUCUAUAUAAUAGCAAGGAUCAAGUUCUGGUUCUGCUCUGGAACAGCAAAUCCUUAUGCAUAAACCUUGACAUCUCUGAUCACAUGAAGCCACUGUCCUUGCAGGGAACUAGAGCUUGUUUACAAUACAAUACGAUACCAGGGCCUUCAUCGUAGCCCUCACAGAUCAUCACCCCCUGUGCAUUUGUAUAGCUGACAAUACCAAAUGUUUGAUCUUUGAAUACCUGUUUAACAAAAAUCCAGAAUGAAUUCUGUCUGUUUUUUCCAUUGUGAAUUGCAAAGAGUUGGAUUUGCUGCAGAUAAAUAAUAGUUGUCCAUGAUGAUAGACUUGUAUGUA